AUGGCUGUAGACGAAAAGAAGACUCCGCCGAUCUCCACCGGCGAGGUAGAGGCCGAUUCUCGCGGCGUCAGCGAGAUCGAUGACUCGGAUAGGGAGCAAGGCCGGUCUGGUUUCAAGAAGGGCACGUUCAAUGCGACAGAGGAUCCGCGUUUCUACAAGCCUAUCGACACCUACGAGGGACUUCACCGCUGGGACCCGGACUUUGAGUGGACGGAGGAGGAGGAAAGGAGGAUUGUGCGUAAGGUGAGCCCACAGCUACCUAUGGCCAUUAAAGACAAUAUCAAAAUCAUAAAUCACCAAAAAACAAAAGAGAAGAAGGCUAAGAGGGACCAGAUCGACGCGCGAGUUUGCACUUUUGCCUGCGUCACCUUCUUUGCGCUGCAGCUCGACCGGGGCAAUAUUGGCAAUGCCCUGGCCGACAACCUCCUCCAAGACCUCCAUAUGACGACCAACGACUACAACACUGGGCAGACCAUCUUCCUCUGCUGUUUUCUCUUCGCCGAGCUGCCUUCGCAGCUGAUCUCCAAACGACUUGGCCCCGACCGCUGGAUCCCCAUUCAGAUGGUCGCGUGGAGUCUCGUCGCGGCGUGCCAGGCCUUUCUCAAGACCCGGUCCGGCUACUUAGGGCUCCGCGCCCUCCUGGGCCUGCUAGAAGGCGGCUUCAUCCCUGACACAAUCCUCUUUCUCUCCUUUUUCUACAAGUCCAGCGAGCUGCCUAAACGUCUGACCUGUUUCUGGGUUUCGUACACCGUCACCACCAUCAUCGGCGCGUUUCUCGCCUUCGGCCUCCUACACAUCAAGGACUCUAACGGCGGCGGCUCGUGGAGGUACCUCUUUGCGUAUGAGGGCCUACUCACUGGAGUCAUUGGCAUCAUAGCGGCCUUCUGGAUGCCGGCCUCUCCGACGCAGACCAAGGGCGGGUUUCGUGGGAAGGGCGGCUGGUUCACCGAGCACGAGGAGAAGAUUAUGGUCAACCGGGUGAUCCGCGACGACCCGAGCAAAGGCAGUAUGCACAAUCGGCAGGCCGUGACGCCCAGGCUCCUCUGGGACUCACUCAAGGACUACCACAUGUGGCCAAUCUAUAUCCUCGGCUUCGUGUGGAUGAUCCCCUACACACCAGAGACCAACUAUCUUACUCUGCAGCUCCGCUCACAGGGCUUCACCACUUUCCAGACGAACCUGCUCACGAUCCCUGCUGCCGUUGUCAGCAUCACCACCAUGAUCACCACGACCUGGCUAGCUGAGCGCACAAACCAACGCCUGCUCUUCGGCGCCGCCAUCGAAGUGUGGUAUCUUGUUCUGCUGAUCGCAUUGCAGACCUUGCCUGAGAAGAGCAUGCCAUGGCCGCGAUUCGCGAUCCUCACCCUGAUCGUCGGCGGACCGAGCCUGCACCCUGUGUUGGUGGCGUUGACUUCGAGAAAUGCCGGCUCUGUGCGCACGCGCACUGUGGCAUCCGCAUUGUAUAAUAUGAGCGUGCAGGUGUACCGAACCGAAGAUCAGCCGUACUACAGAAAGGGCAACAAAGUGCUCAUCGCGCUAGCAGUAGUCAGUAUCUUCUUGUUCAUCUCGGCCAAAGUCUACUACGUCUGGAGAAACAAUCUAAUCCCCUGCGACGGCUUGACCAGUGCUGAUGCUUGGAUUAGGAUCGAUUUCACCUUUGCCUCCUAA